UUUAAAGUAAAACAAAAAAAAAAAAGGGAAGUCCCCUCUGUGGUUUGUUGGCUGCAUUGUUACCAUGUUGUCUGCUGCCUGCAUCCAGCUUGCAGUCGUGACAUGCCGAGUGGCCUAAGAGGUGGAAUAUUAUCUUCCCCAGCCUGCUCAUUUACAUUGCAGAUUGAUGGCUCCUGGAUCAUUUGCCUACAGCUCUUGAGGAAUAAAUAAAAGACCGGGGCUUGCAUGAUGUGACAACCCAGAAAGGCUGAGCAUUAGUACAUUGCCAGUGAGGGAUGUCUAUGAUAACUCCCAUUCUCCCUCCCGUGGAGGUCAAAUCCUACCUGUCCAAAGGAGAACGCUUCAUCAAAUGGGAUGAUGAAACAUCACUUGCAUCUCCUGUUAUACUACGUGUCGAUCCCAAGGGCUAUUACUUGUACUGGACGUUCCAAAGCAAGGAAAUGGAAUUUGUCGAACUUACAAGCAUCAGAGAUACCAGAUUUGGAAAAUUUGCCAAAGCUCCAAAGAGCCAGAAACUACGAGAGGUCUUUAACUUGGACUUUCCUGAGAACAACUUCCUUGCCAAAGCCCUCACUAUUGUAACUGGGCCUGACAUGGUGGAUCUGACUUUCCAUAAUUUUGUCUCCUACAAGGAAAAUGUUGGCAAGGCAUGGGCCGCAGAUAUUCUGUCAGUUGUCACAAACCCGCUGGUGCCAAACGCAUGCCGGUAUUCCUUUUUUGAGAAGAUACAUGUCAAGCUGCAGCUACAACUGAAUUCCGAGGGGAAGAUUCCUGUGCGCAAUUUUUUUCAGAUGUUUCCCGCUGACAGGAAGAGAGUGGAACAAGCGCUAAACUCCUGCCACCUAUCAAAGGGCAAAAAUGAUGCAAUCAACCCAGAGGAUUUCCCUGAAUCCGUCUUCAGAACGUUCCUCAUGCAGCUCUGCCCUCGGCCUGAGAUUGAUGAGAUCUUUACCUCUUAUCACUCCAAGGCCAAACCCUACAUGACCAAGGUCCACCUCACCAAAUUUAUCAACCAGAAGCAGAGGGAUUCUCGCCUGAAUGAGCUUAUUUUUCCUCCUGCGAAGACAGAGCAAGUACAAGGGCUUAUAGAGAAAUAUGAACCCAGCGUGAUUAAUGUGCAGAGAGGACAGCUGUCUCCAGAAGGAAUGGUCUGGUUCCUCUGUGGCUCUGAGAACAGCAUUACGUCUCUUGAUAAAAUCCCCAUCUACCAAGACAUGAGCCAACCUCUGUCCCACUACUUCAUCAACUCCUCUCACAACACAUACCUCACAGCUGGUCAGUUUUCUGGAGUGUCGUCACCUGAAAUGUACAGACAGACGCUGCUUUCUGGCUGUCGUUGUGUGGAGCUUGACUGCUGGAAGGGGAAGCCACCAGAGGAAGAGCCAAUCAUUACUCACGGCUUCACAAUGACCACUGAGAUCCUCUUCAAGGAUGUCAUCGAAGCCAUUGCAGAAUCUGCUUUCAAAACGUCUCCUUAUCCUGUGAUUCUGUCUUUUGAGAACCACGUUGAUUCUCCAAAGCAACAGGCAAAAAUGGCAGAGUAUUGCCGAACUAUUUUUGGAGAUAUGCUGCUGACAGAUGCACUGGAGAAGUAUCCGUUAAAACCAGGAAACCUAUUGCCGAGUCCCCAGGAGCUGCUGGGAAAGAUCCUGAUAAAGAAUAAAAAGAAUCAGUCCUUUGCAAACCAGGAUAAAAAAGCGAAUUCCUGUGAUUCCACCUCCUCAGAGCAGACUAGUUCCCUUUCUAGUGACAAUUCAGGUGAGGGGCCAGAAGAGGGGAAAGAGGCAGAAAAUGAGGAAAUGACAGAAAACGCAGAUGAAGAAGAGAUGAAGCAGAUGCAGUCAGAUGAGGGCACUGCAAGUCAGGAGGCCACAGCUUAUGAGGAAAUGUCAAGUUUGGUCAACUACAUUCAGCCAAUCAAAUUCGACUCCUUUGAAGUCUCAGCACAGAAGAACCAAAGUUACGUGGUGUCUUCGUUCGUGGAGACCAAAGCCUAUGAGUUACUCACCAAGUUUCCCGUGCAGUUUGUUGAAUAUAACAAGAGACAGAUGAGCCGCAUUUAUCCCAAAGGCACCAGGAUGGACUCCUCAAAUUAUAUGCCCCAGAUGUUUUGGAAUGCCGGCUGUCAGAUGGUGGCACUCAACUUCCAAACCAUGGACAUACCUAUGCAACAGAACAUGGCGCUGUUUCAGUUUAAUGGCUGCAGCGGUUACCUUCUGAAACACGAGUUUAUGCGUCGGGGUGAUAAACAAUUUGACCCAUUUACGGUUGAUCGGAUUGAUGUAGUGGUGGCCAAUACAGUUUCCAUAACAAUCCUUUCAGGACAGUUCCUCUGUGAAAAAUGCGUAAAGACCUACGUUGAAGUCGAGUUGUUUGGGCUGCCUGGGGACCCUAAGCGGAAAUACAAAACCAAAGUAACAUCUGUGCCAAAUACCAUUAACCCAGUGUGGAAAGAGGAGCCGUUUGUGUUUGAAAAGAUCCUCAUGCCAGAGUUGGCUUCCCUUAGAGUUGCAGUAUUUGAGGAAGGGGGGAAGUUUAUUGGCCAUCGAAUCAUUCCCAUUGAUUUAAUCCGAUCAGGAUACCAUCACAUUUGCCUUCGAAGUGAGAGUAACAUGCCCCUUACCAUGCCCUCUCUCUUUGUGUAUGUGGAAGUGACAGACUAUGUACCAGAUGUCUGGGCAGAUCUCAGUCAGGCCUUGUCAAACCCCAUCAAACACUCUAAAGCCAAUGAAUGCAAGUCAAUGAAAGUAAAAACAGCACCUUCUGGGGAGAUCUCCAGCGCUUCAAAACCCAAUGGUAUCCCUGGGCAAAAUGGGCCAAAAGGUUUGCCCACCAGUGGGGUACAGGACGCUGCUAAAGAAAUUACAGAGCCACAAACUGCCAAUGAGGAGGAGCUGCAGAAACAGAAGGGAUUCCUAAAGCUUCAGAAAAAGCAGGAGAAAGAACUGAAGGAACUGGAGCGCAGGACUCUAAAGAGGAGAGAAGAGAUUGUACAGAAAUAUACCAGUGCCUUCUCUGAACUCUACACUCAGGCUAACAAAAGGAAAAACAGCUUACCUAAGGGGCAGAAAAAGAAGAGUAUUCCUGAUGAUGAUUAUGGCUCAGUGUGGGGAGCUGGAGAAAUACCUGGCAAAGGGGACCCCCAGGUUCUAGAGAUGAAGAGGAAGAUGGAAGAGGAACUGACAUGUCUUGGGGAGGAGCAGUACGAGACUAUUCUAAAGAAAAAAGAGCAGCAUUCUAAUGAGCAAAUCUCCAAACUGAUUGAACUGGCACAAGAGAGGCAAGUGGCGGAACUAAAAAUCCUCAAGGAAGCUGCAGACAGUGAUACUAAACAGAUGAAGAAGAAGUUGGAGAUAAAGAGGUUGGAAAGGCUGGAGUGUAUGAGCAAAAAUACCAUGGAAAAAGCUUCCCAGGAAAGGUUAAAAAAAGAAAUAAAUAACUCCCAUAUCCAAGAAGUGGUGCAGGUUCUACAACUGGUAUCUGACAAAUGGGCCAAAAACCAACAAAAGCUAGAGGAAAAGCAAGCCGAAGGUCUGCAAAGGAUCAAGGAAAGGGAAGAUCAGGUGCAAAAGGAACUCCAGGAAGAAUACAUAGAGAAGCUAAAUUCAUUGGCAGCUGAAGUGCGAGACUUGGUGUAUAACACUAUGGUGACCUGGUUUCCCACUGAAGCAAAAAGUCUGAAAAAGGAGCCCAAAAGUUCUGCCGCGGAGAAAUGGGAGGCUCUAGUAGCUAAAGUAAGCCACGUAGAAACCUUUGUGUCCAGCCUAACUGGGGAAAACAAGGCAAAGACAAAGGAUUUAGAACAUGAUAAAUUAUCUGCAAUGGGCCUAGUAUGGGAUGGGACACCUGCUUCAGAUCCAGCUCGGAAUGGAACUUCCACGGAGUCGGUGCUAAGUGACACACAGGAUCCUGUGAUCAAGCACACAUGUCCCAUAAAUACAGAUAAAGCAGACGCUCUAGAGCAAUGUUCUCCAAGUAACGAGGAGAGGAGGGAAGAGGAACCUGAAGAGAUGGUGUCUAUACAUUAAGACUGGUUGGUUAAAUUAAUAAUCUUCUAAUAAAUACUCUAAUCACUU